GGUUACGAUUCUGAAAUCUCUCUGCAUCUCCGACUCCCUCGCGCGACCCACUGCCAAGCGCCAGCCACGCUCGAGUGCUCAUCGCUCGACCUCCAUCUUCUUCCCAAGUGCGGCCAUCCACGAGUUCUCCUCCGUCUCAUACACGGGAGGCGCCCAUCAAUCUCGCGACACUGGAUGUCCAGGUCUGGUCUGUCUCUUGUGUUCCGAGUCUCUGACUCUCCCUCAUGUGGUCACGCCGGCCUGAGUCUCUGGGAGGGCAAAAUCAUUUACAUUUUGUGAUAUGACAAAGCACUUUUUAUAGAAACAGAACUGCCAAACUUAUCCAAAGGAUGUUAUGGGGGCGUCUAGUGGGCCAAAGCUGUCUGGAAUGCAGAAGCAAGUUCUAAGUCUCUACAGAAGUUUUCUGCGAGCAGCUCGUAGCAAAUCUCCUGAGGAUCGACGCCAAAUUGAAUCAAUUGUGUCAGCUGAGUUCCAUCGCAAUUCCAAGCUUAUUGAUCGCAAGAAUUUCCUCUACAUUGAGUACUUGCUUCGCCGUGGUAAGAAACAGCUUGAUCAGCUCAGAAGCCCUGAUAUGGUUGGAUUAUCGUCCUUGAAUGUCAGUUUACCUCAAAACAGAGAAUCCUAAUUGAAUCGAUAAUAUACUUUUUUAAUUGAUAAUAAAGAAAAACCAUUAGGAGGAAAAUGAGGGAAUACAAAACUAAUCAAGAAAAUACCUCUUUAUUCUUGUGUCUUACCAUACUACCUAAAUUCCAAUUGUUGCAGCAUUCAAUUUAUUAUGAAUGAGGGAUCAUACAUCAUUACCUCUCGGCUCUUCUGUAUGUUAUGAUUUAUUGAUUUAAGUACACUUGGGGUGGGCUCAUUUUCCCGUUCUUGUACUCACUCUCAGCACAUGUUUUAUACUAACAUCAAUUCGAUUUGAUUUGAUCCA